AUGGCGUCGUCCCGCAACAACGCCAGGAGCGUUUUCCUCACCCUCGCGGUGCUCUUCCUCGCCGCCGGCGUCGCCGAGGCCAAGAAGAAGAAGGGCCCCAAGAUCACGCACAAGGUUUACUUCGACAUCACCAUCGCCGGCGAGCCCGCGGGCCGCAUCGAGAUGGGCCUCUACGGCAAGACCGUGCCCAAGACGGCCGAGAACUUCCGGGCGCUCGCCACCGGCGAGAAGGGGUUCGGCUACAAGGGCUCGAAGUUUCACCGCGUCAUCAAGGACUUCAUGAUCCAGGGCGGCGACUUCACCAACGGCGACGGCACCGGAGGCAAGUCCAUCUACGGCGAGAAGUUCGCCGACGAGAACUUCAAGCUCAAGCACUCCGGACCGGGCACACUCUCCAUGGCCAAUGCCGGUCCAGACACCAACGGUAGCCAGUUCUUCAUCUGCACUGUCAAGACCAGCUGGCUGGACGGCCGCCACGUGGUCUUCGGCAAGGUCACUGCCGGCAUGGACGUCGUGAGGAAGAUCGAGGAGCUUAACGGAACCCCGCCCACCGACGAGGUGCUCAUCGCGGAUUCCGGAGAGAUCGACAUGGCGGAGCCCAUCCAAGAAGUGACCGGAACCGAUUGA